AUGAAGGCCGUUCAUAUAACCGACUUCGUCAAAUCAAACACGGAUCUUCGUGUCUCGAAUAUCCCAUCCCCCGAGCUCAAGGAUGGCCACGUCCUAGUAAACAUCACACAUAGCGCGCUCAACCACGUCGACCUUCUCUAUGCUCAUGGCCUGCAUCAGAACAACCACGGCGGCCUGGUCCGACCGCCUUUUACUUUAGGUUUGGAGUUUUCUGGCACGGUAGCCUCAGCCCCGAAGGACUCUCACUUCAAGCCUGGAGACGAGGUAUGGGGAUCUGGGGUUGGCGGCUUCGCGGAACAGAUUGCUGUGCCGGCUUCCAGUCUCCAUAGGGUGCCCGGUGGUUGGAGCCUGCAUGACAUUGCCGGGCUGGGUGCUGCGACGGCGCCCGUGAGCUAUGGAGCGUUGGUUCGCGUCGCGAAUGUCCAGAAGGGCCAGACGGUGCUGAUCCACGCUGCUGCCGGAGGACUUGGGGUCGUGGCUGUGCAGAUUGCGCGGGCGCUGGGAGCUCAGGUGAUUGGAACGGUGGGUAGUGAGGGAAAGGCGGAAGUUGUGAGGAAAUUGGGUGUCCUGGGUGUGGUAAGGUACGACAGGGAUGGAUGGGAGAAAGAGGUCCUUGCUCUGACUGACAACGUCGGGGUGGACUCCGUAUAUGAUACGGUAGGGCUGGUGCAAAAGAGUAUCCGGUGUCUGAAAUUCGGCGGUAAUGUGGUUAUUGCCGGUUUUGCUGGCUUGGGUGGGAAGAUGGAGUCGUUGACGAUGAAUCGUGUCUUGUUGAAAGGAGCAAAGUUACUCGGCUAUCGGUAUGGUGAGUCUGGGAGGAGAAAUCCCAAAGAGACCGAAGACGUUUGGAAAGGAUUGAACGAAAUGCUCCAGACAGGGGCGAUCAAACCGGUGAUCUACGGAACAUAUUCGGGCUUGGAAAGUAUACCAAGUGCUCUAGACGACCUGGCGGCGAGAAAAGUUUGGGGAAAGGCUGUUGUGGAGGUUCGGGCUUCAGGAGCUGGCGCUUCGAAGCUAUGA